AUGUUACAGCUGUUAUUCACGAUAGCGUUCUCAGCGGCGCCGUUAACGCUGUACAUACCACCGAUCAGGUGUUUGACGGCGUUCGCUCAGACGGUGGAGGAGAUGGAAAUUGAAGGUAGGCUUUAUAGAGGGAGAGUCUUCGCUCGCGCCAGAAUAGCUUGGUCUAGGCUUCUCGAUUGCUUCUUCUCCUCUUCUCCUCGCCGUCCUUAACUCAUAUGUUCUUCUCUUCUCUCUUUCCCUGUACAUAUAUAUAUAUAUAUAUAUCUCAUCAUGUUUACUCUUUCCCUUUACGUUCGUUGUGUGUUCGAUUUGGGAUAUUUCAAGAAUCAAGAUGAUGAUAGAGACUUAGGGUUUUGUUCUUGUACUUGAUCUUCUUAAUAAACAGAGAUGGAUCAUACUCCUCUUCUUGUUUUUAUAUACCAAUCUCUCUUUUAUUUAAACAUAUUUUAUUUAUUGUAUAUGUAAAGGUAAGAUCGAUGAAUACAAAUUGCUCAGAAUAUUACAUGUUC